GCCUGUGUGUGGUCGUUGUGGUCCGACUUGUCCUCGAGUUGCCUAGCAUACCUAGAUAGUUUGAACUACUAGUACAAGUCAUUUCACUUUCCUGCUCUGACACUCAACUUGUUUUCUCUGAUGUACAAAGUCUUCUUAAUGCCCGCAUCUUGAAGAAUUAAGAUGUCCUCCUCCCAAGAUGAGAUGACUAUCCAGGAUCUUGAAGAUAUCAUCCUGGAGGUGCCAGAAGAGGUUAUCAGCGUCUUUGAAGGUGUGGUGUUAGCCAAACAGAUGAGAGCACAAGAGGGAACAAUCAAACAGUUGUGCACCAUUCAUGACAGGGUCAAAGCCGCCCUUGCUCAUUUUGGUGUCAACACCAACAUUCACGCCACCCAAUCUGAGAUACUUGAAGAAGAGUUGCGAAGGCGUCGACCUCCUGGCUUUCAAACAAAGGCCAGGAGAGAAGAGAUGUUACACAAGCAGAACAUCUUGGACACAAUUCAUGAAUUCAUCCAGGUUUCCAUUCGCCGAGAAACACUUGUUGAUGAGGUUGGGGAUUGGCUGUUUGAUGUACAGACGACACUGGAAAAGAAUUUACUGAGCGAUGAGUUUUUCAAGGAGAGAGACAAAGAAGAGAUAGAAAUGGAACGAAUAGCAAACGCAGCUCUGAAUGACAACAAGAAGUUUGUUCGGAAAAAUGUGGAGAAACUCAAGAAUCUUGGACAAGAGAUCUUUGAGGCAAUGAAUGAGUUGGCGCAGCAUGAAAAUCUGGAACCAGGCACCGCUGGCAGCGAGUUAAAGCCAGCCUUCAGUAGCCUGGCAACACAACGUCAGGUGGCAAUCCGUGCCAAGGCCAAAGAAACCCAAGAAGUUCUCAAUGGUCUAUUUGAAUAUGUGACAUCCAAGGGGGAGGUUAGAUAA